AUGACUUCGCCGCCUCCACUGAGCAACAUGUUGCCCAUCGCAUCCGAUGCAAUGUCUGGUCCUCCUGCGAUGAAAAAAAAGAAACCUGGACGUACACCGAGUCUCAUUUGGCAACUACUCACAGACGAACCUGAUCCGCAGCGUCGCAAUUCGGCGACUUGUAAACACUGCAAAGAAUCUGUUGCAUACUACAAAAAGUCCGAGCAAGCCAUUCGCCAUCUCAAGAAAUGUUCACGUUUUCAAGAGAUGCAGCACCAAUUCACCUUUAUGAAUCAAUUUUCUGACCAUUUACCACUAUACAACCAAAAAGUUAUGGCGAAAAGUCCAGCGACAAAGCGACCAAAAACGGAUCAAACUUUAAGUCAGCGAGCUCAAGCUCAAGCACAAUUAGACGUACAACUUCAAGCAACGGGAAUGCUUGGGAGUGCAUUGGAUCAAGCAGCGGCACAUCAUGCGCAAGUGAUGAAUCAAAUUGCCAUGCAACGUAGUUUGUCCGAGGGUUUGAUUGAUCCAACUUCUAUGACCGUGACGUUGAAAGACGAUACAAAGGAAAUAGUAUCAAAAGCCAAAAACACCAAGUACGGGCCAUUGUCUAAGACACAGAAUGAGCGGUUUGAAGAGGAAUUGGCCAUGCACGUAUAUGUCACGGGAAUGGCAUUUGAUGCAGUUGAAGACUCUCAUUUUGCUAGAGCUUUAGCAUUGCUACGACCAAAUGUCAAGCUUUUUGACAAAAAAAGACUGGAAACGGACUUGAUGAAUCGAUGCUAUGAGAACAUGCACAAGCAAGUGUGGGGGAGUCUAUCAUCAAGUCUUGCUCGAGUUUGUUUAAAGCGAGAUGCGUGGUCGAAUUGGAAUUUGUAUCAUAAGCGUAACUCCGACGAAGCGUAUGUUACGUAUAUGGCCGUAAGAAACGACAAGCGCUUUUUCCUAGAAUCGGAAAAAGCUACAGGAACCGAGUCACAGUACAAUUCCAUCUUGAUUGCUCAAGAUAUCAAGCGAAUGAUGCAGCCCAUUGUGAGUAAUGUUAGUGGAGUCGUCACAGGAAGCACAGAGUAUCAUUCGCGAGCAUGGGAUAUGCUUAAGGCUGAGUAUCCUACUAAGUUUUUCUACGGAUGCAUAUGUCACGCACUUCAUUUGGCAAUAAUGGACAUUUUUGGCCCAUCAAAGACACUUGACAAUGAUUUCAGACGAUCGACACCGCAAGUUCCGAUGGGCUUCCCGUUUCAGGAUAUGGUCGAGCUGACGACUAACUGCACUGAAUUGUUGUCGUUUUUUAGCAGCUAUCAGAGUUUUCGAAUGCGUCGUCGACCAUGUCUUGGGUCGAUUGUUAGUGACCCCGACUUCCUUGGUCCUGAGUCACCAUCAAAUCAACGUGCGAUUCGGUCAAAUAUUAAAAAUUUUGUACUGAGUUUAAACUGGAAAUUAACUCUGGAAAAGGCCAUUACCAUUCUGACGCCGAUCGAGUUAAUAUUGUACAAGUUUCAAGAUGAUCGAGCGCCGAUUUCUGAGGUUUAUUUUGAGUCCAAGCAUUUACUUACGGACUUUGACGCAGUUUUUGGUCUCGCGACGAUCGAACUUGAAUACAUUAAAAAGGUUGUAACGGAGCGCUGGCAGUACGUCCUGAGUGAAGCUCAUGGAUUGGCGUUCUUGCUGGACCCUCGAUAUAUUGGCAAAUCUAUGACAAGGGAUUAUCGCGAGCAAAUCGAAGAGCUAAUAUUUAACUUUCCCGAAACGGAUCAGGACGUGGGAAUAAACCAAGAGCGAAGAAGCUUUAUGUCUGAAGAAUACAAUGAUUACGUCAUCUACGCCAAGAAUCAGCGCAACAAUCGCACGUACAAAUGGGAAAUGCUUGAAAAAGGUAAUCGUACGCCAUUACAGUUCUGGCAAACGGAUGCAGACGAUUGGCCACACCUUAAGUCUCUGGCGCUGACUCUGUUCUCGCUGGCACCAAGUAGUGUAGCGUCUGAAAACACGCUCUGUAAGAGUACAUUGACGCAGUCCCGUCGCCGCAACAAGCUAAGUUAUGAUGAUAUGAGACGUUUGGCUUUUAUUUGUAUUAACGACUCGCAGUUCACCGGAAAUCGCGUGCUUCGUGAAGUACCAAACACCACAUUGCCCGACUUCACCAUGGGAGACACAGCGCUUUCGCCAGACGGCAUGAUGAUGUGGAUGAUCUAA